AUCUUUUAGGAUGAGUGGUUUAAUCCAACCAAUGACUGCAGGCUCUGAACUUUCCUGGCAGUAUAUGUAUCAGCCCUUAAGUGGUGCUGAUGCACAGAGCACACUCUUUCCAGUGUGGGUUAAGGUCUGAGUGAACAGCCAAAAACUUCAGAAGAUGUCUGAAACUGGCAACAACAAGAGCAGGAGGAGCAGCAAGUACAGCAACUUGGACCAGGUGGAAAACAAGAGCUGUUUUGACAGAAUAGCACUGAGAAACAGCCUGGCUAGAGAAACCCUGUCUGAAUUUUUUGGCACAUGUUUAUUGAUAACUUUAGGUUGUGGCUGCGUUGCGUCAUCUGUUCUCAGCAAUGGAUCUGCCGGAGGACACCUUACUAGCAAUCUUGGCUUUGCGAUGGCGGUCACUAUGGCAGUCUAUGCAACUGGAGGAGUGUCUGGUGGCCAUAUCAAUCCUGCAGUUUCAUUUGCCAUGUGUUUAACUGGAAAGUUAGCAUGGGUCAAAUUUCCUUUCUAUGUGGCCGCACAGUUUCUAGGUGCUAUUACUGGGUCCGCGGCUGUUUUUGGUGUCUACUAUGAUGCUUUAAUGAAGCAUACAGACGGAGUUUUUACAGUGAAUGGACCAAAUGCUACAGCGCACAUUUUUGCAACAUAUCCAUCGCCAUAUCUUUCAACACUGAAUGGACUUGCAGAUCAAAUUCUCUCAACUGCAGUGUUGCUGAUUAUCAUAUUUGCCUUAUUUGACAAAAAGAACUUAGCAGUUCCUAAGGGACUAGAGCCAAUCGCAAUUGGUCUUCUCAUUCUGCUACUAGGACUGUCACUGGGAUUAAACUGUGGAGGAGCUAUGAACCCAGCUAGAGACUUAGGUCCACGGAUUUUCACUGCACUGGCCGGAUGGGGCUUUGAAGUCUUCACAGCUGGAAAUAACUUUUGGUGGAUUCCUGUGGUUGGACCAAUGGCUGGAGCUGCAGUUGGGGCCUUCAUAUACAUCCUGUGCAUUGAAGCUCACCACAAUAAAGACCCUACACCUAAUCCUGAUAAUGAUCACUUUGAAAAACAUGAACUUGCUAGCAUGGCAUAAGAGACUGCAAAUCUUCUUUAAGCUAUCUGCAGGCAGCGGCUGUGCUGACUGUGUGCUCUUACAUGUAAGCUCACAAGCCAACCUGUGCAGUCCAUCAGGACAUGGGAAUACUAUGUACUUUGACUGGUUUAAGGUACUAUAAUAGUGAGACAUGAUACAACUAAUUACCUGCUGAAUUAUAUUUGAAAUGAAAGCAAAAUGUUUUAUUCCUUACUACCAAUCUCCCACAUAAAGUACAGGGGAUUAUCGUAAUGCCCCGUAAUUGCGAAGACAUAAAUCGACCCUCUUAAUGAAGCACUAAUGGACCAUAGACUGGGUCACAAAGGUAUAUGCAGGUAAUUGGUCUUGUCAAGCAUUAAUGUGUAAUAACUGUUAUCCAUCAUCAAUACCAUUAAAAUUUGCUGUGUGUUAAAAUGAUUUUACUGUCAGAGGCCAAGAACUUCACUUCAGUAGGAUGCUGUUACCCAUCUAGAAGAAAAUGUAUGAUGUGCUGCUAUUAAUUUUGCUGCUUGAGAGGUCAGUCUAUGCAGCCAUAAACUUUCUGUGUCUCAGGGUUACUCACAGCUAGACGACUGGAGAAAUGGCCUCUAGAACUACUGUAGGCAAGAUUCCCUUUAUUAUUGUUUUCCCACUGUUUGUACUGUAUGUUAAUUUCUCAUAUUAUAUGUUUUCCAUUCUUUUAACAUAUAUAAUUAUCUGAAUUGUUUCAAUUGGAUCUCACCUCACUGCUGGCUUCAAAGGAAAAUGAUACAAUAAUCUUCUGAAGGAAUAUUAAUAUUUAAUAAGUACAGGUCAGGGAUUUAUAGAGGGGUUUCCAGAUUCUUGAUUUUAGAGUGAGUAUGUGAAGCCCUUGAGGACGGCAUAGUUACCACGUAACAAGCUAUAGUUUGCCUCAUACAAAGUGCAGUGUAUUUAGUACAUCAGAAAUAUACAGGGCUGGUCGGUGAUCACGUAAGCCUUUAGAUGCAGCAGUGGGGCCAGAACAUUUGAGCUAAAUGUUUUUUUAUUUCUUGAUGUAGGCACCAGUGACUUCCGCACAUCUCUGAUCAAAACUCACCAAAUUUCCAGGAGUUUAUACUGCUGCACCUGUGUACCCUUUGGCUCAUAUAUUGCAUGUAAAUCUGGCUCUGGGGCUAGCCCGUGCCACCUGAGCCAUUUAGCUCACCGCAUGUCCCUGGUAGGCACCACAAUUCAAGUACCCCCACUCUGCGGAGCACUGUAACAAGUUCUGUAGUCUGGGGGAGUGAGUCUAAAAAAAAACAACUUUCUGUAUCAGAAAUAUUUAUCUCAUAGAAAUAACAAAGGUGGCCAGAAAAAGGUUCAAGCAUUCCAUAAUCAACAUACAUACAUAAUAUAACCAGUAGGAGUCAUAUUCACACCUCAUUUUAAAAUGCCUGUCUCUUCUUGCUGGCAGCUGCUCUCUGGUGCAGUGCACUGAUUGAGUGCUCAGAUCCACACACACACACAUUACAGUCAGUAAGAGAAGUUGCUGCUACCGUGUAUGUACAUCAGCUCCACACCUAAACAUGGGAGGUGUGGCCACACCCACUUAUACAAAUGAAUGUGAACUAAAGUAUUUUCAGCACCGCAAAGGUGCAAAUCCAGAGGUGUGAUCGCUCCCCCUGUCCCCUCCCCCCCACACAGGCAAAAGAGACUGCUUCAACUGCUAAGCAGUAGCCUCCCUGAACCACCACAGCCCAGCCAGCACACAGCAGUGUGUGCUGUCUGAAGAACAAAGCUGCUGCUGACAGUUAGUAGGGCGGGGGGAUGGUGGCAGACCCGAACCCCUCCAUCAGGCCCAGGCACGGGUAAUUAGUACCUGCUCUCCCCCUCACCACUUAUACUGUAUGUUUUGGUGGCAGCUCUAGUAACACUGUAUUAUAUACUACUGCUAUCGUGGUCAUUAUAUGAGCUGCUGGGAGAGGUGGGUUUUGGACAACUGGAAACCCCCUUCUCCCCACUCCCCUCGGCACUUGCCCAUGUAGGAGAUCAUAUUUUUCAAUGCAGAUGUAAGUCCUGAAAGAAUAUUUGAAUAUGACCAGCAACAAGUGUAGAGCAUGGCCAAUAAAUUAUUUACUUUCAAUAAUCUGAGCAGAGGUGUUCAUAGAUUAAAUUUUAGUUCCAAAAAGUUUUCUCAUACUCCACCAUUAACUUUAGGCCACAUAACCAGCUAUGACUUUACUUCCAUGACCAGUAUCACACAGAGGUCAGAUACAUAUUAUCUAAACAGGACCUACAGUAACAUGUUAUUGCCGGGCUUCCUAGCAAAAUUUGGCUGGUGAUACCAGUCCAUCAUUCAGCAGCCCCCAAUCUGCUCUUCAUAGUUCGUGGCAGGGCCUCAUUUAACAUGUGCAGAGCACUCACAUGUUCAGAUGAGAGAGUAGGAGAUGAGGCUACAGGUGGAUACAUAUAGUUAUGCCUCCUCACCUCAUAGCCACAUAGCCGCAGUCCUAAUUACAGCAGUGUUCUCCAUAAAGAUGGUACAGUAAGUAAGGUUUCAGAGUUGGCGUUCUCUUUUGAGCCAUGUUAUUUUAUUUACUGUUGCUUUUCCAUUGUUACAGUCCUAUAGAAAUCUAACGCAAUGAACUGCCGAAUACUGCUAAUGAGUCAUUAGUUUAUGUAACUAAUGUAGUGUUAAAGAAAUCUUACUUCUGGAAUAGCCCAUAACUGCACUGUUUCUAUGUUUCUAGGUGUAUCUAUUGUAUGCAUUCGUUGUGUGAUCAGGUGUAGGUUGUGAUGUUAAAUAAUGUAGAUAUCAUACUGAUACUUUUAGAUUUGUGAUGAUUUAAAAUGUUAAUAAAACCUGCAAAAAUAA